CUUGCUGGAACACUGCCUGUGCGCUGCUCCACAGAGCCACAGUGAGGUAUCUUUGUGUACAGUGAAACAGAUCAAAACAGGAAAGUUGCUGCAUGCUAAUGGGAGGUGAGAUCUCCUUGCUUUCGAUGUGAACUUGUUUCGUCCAGGAAUCCCAACAGAACAGUAAAAAGAAAUUGUUUCCAGCAAAGAAAUUCUCUUCAGUUUGUGGUUCAGAUUCUGAGUGUUGGGGAAUUCCUAAACCGUUGUUACAGAUUUGGCAAUUUCUAGGAAGGAUGCACAGUGUGGCUAGUUGCAGUAUGACCCUGGGAUCUCUGGGAUUGAUGCAGCUCUUUGGCGUUUCCUGGACCUGGACUAUAGCUGCAAGCUUUGGCAUUUAUCUGGGAAGUGGAGGAUGGAGGUUUAUUCGGAUACUGUUAAAAACUGCACCUAGAGAUCUCUUUGGUCUGUUGUUGCUGCUGAGGGUUAAGUUAGCUGUAUGGAAACACCAACGGGAAGACAGCACUAUCCCGAAGAUCUUUCACGACACAGUGCAGAAACACCCAGAUAAGGUUGCCCUCAUUUAUGAAGGGGUUGACGAAAAGUGGACUUUCAGGGACCUCGACGAGUAUUCCAAUGCCGUGGGCAACUUCCUUCGGGAGCAAGGCUACGGACCGGGUGAUGUCAUUGCCUUGUUCAUGGAGAGCAGGCCAGAGUUUGUCGGGCUGUGGCUUGGGAUGGCUAAAGUUGGAGUGGAGGGGGCACUGCUCAACUUCAAUCUCCGCCUCGACGCACUCACUCACUGCCUGUCUGUGUCAGGAGCCAAGGCCAUUAUCUUUGGCGCAGAGAUGAGCGAUGCCCUGUUGGAAGUGAAUGGAAUCCUAGGGAAAAAGAUCCGGAGAUUCUGCAGCGGAAGCUGGGAUCCGAGUACAGUUGCAGCAGGGACUGAACACCUCGAUCCGCUGCUCAGUGCGGCUUCCAAAUACCUGCCGUCUCCUCCUCUGGGAAUUGGAUUCAUGGAUCGCCUUUUUUACAUCUACACGUCCGGCACCACGGGUAUGCCGAAAGCGGCCAUUGUGGUACACAGCAGGUACUACAGGAUGGCUGUGUUUGCGUAUUAUGGAUUCCGAAUGAAGCACGAUGACAUUAUCUACGACUGUCUGCCCCUGUAUCAUUCAGCAGGCAACAUUGUUGGUGUGGGACAGUGCAUCCUGCACGGCCUGACUGUGGUGAUCAAAAAGAAGUUCUCAGCGAGUCGAUUCUGGGAUGACUGCGUGAAGUACAACUGCACUAUCAUCCAGUACAUUGGCGAGAUUUGCCGGUAUCUCCUUAACCAACCGGUCCGCCUAGCUGAAAGCCAGCACCACAUCCGUAUGGCGAUAGGUAACGGCCUGAGACCCUCGGUCUGGGAAUCCUUCACCAGUCGCUUUCGCAUCAAGCAGAUGGCAGAGUUCUAUGGGGCAACUGAGUGCAACUGUGCCAUCGCCAACCUGGAUGGCAAGGUAGGGGCCUGUGGGUUUAACAGCCGCAUCUUGCCCCAGGUCUAUCCUAUCCGUCUGCUGAAGGUUAAUGAAGAUACCCUCGAGCUUAUCCGAGGUCCCAAUGGGCUGUGUAUCCCCUGCAAACCAGGUGAGCCGGGGCAGUUGGUGGGCCGCAUUAACCAGCAGGACCCCCUUCGCCGGUUUGAUGGCUACGCCAACGAGUCUGCCACAAGCAAAAAGAUUGCAUACAACGUCUUUAAGAAAGGAGACAGCGCCUACCUGUCAGGUGACGUGCUGGUUAUGGACGAGCUCGGCUACAUGUACUUCAAGGACAGGAGCGGCGACACUUUCCGCUGGCGAGGGGAGAAUGUGUCAACCACCGAGGUGGAGGGCUGCCUGAGUCAGCUCCUGAACCUGACCGAUGUGGCAGUGUACGGGGUGGAAGUGCCAGGUAUCGAAGGGAAGGCUGGAAUGGCUGCCAUCGCUGAUCCCAAGAACAAAAUCAAUCCUGACCUCUUCUACCAGGACCUGAUAAAGGUGCUGCCUCCAUACGCCAGGCCAAUGUUCCUCCGCAUCCUCCCUGUCGUGGACACCACAAGUACUUUCAAAAUCCAGAAGACAAGAUUGCGAAAAGAGGGUUUUGACUUGCACCAGACUAAUGACAGACUGUACUUCCUGGAUUCCAGACUUGGGAAGUACAUUCCCCUCGACAAGGAUGUCUAUGACACUAUCCUGGCUGGAAAUUACCAUCUAUAGUUCGAUGGAUCGAGUACUGGGCAGCUAAUUAAUGUUUCUCUUUCUAAAAAGAAAAUCACCAGGAAAAGGAUGAAGGAAGGGCUUGACUUGUAUGAAGAGUUAAAUUAAAACCUGCCCAGAGCAAGAAAAAAAAACAAAUGUGAAAUGAAACCUUGUUUGGCUAACUUUAGAGAGCUGAGUGUGAUCCCAUCUGAGUACUGUUUGUCAUAAAGAGUGAACUCUGGUUUCUCCAGGUGACUAUCGGGAUGGCGCAUAAUCUGCACUCAAUGCCCUCCGUUCCAAUGUCCUAUCUAGAAUUCAUUCAUUGGAAGAAGCAAUACUGAUGCCUGAGGAGGAGGGAUGGACAGAUCAGAUUCCGUAUCACCACCACUCGAGCAAUUAAACUCUCCUACAGCUUGCUUCAUCCGUUCCACUGUGCCCUUGCAAACACACCGUGUGCUCAGAGUCCAGAAGAUGCACUAAGUUGUUAACUCUCUACAGGAACACUGGCUUCAAAUGCGAGCAUUAACAAUGUCUCUCUCCCUUUGCUCUCACUCCAGUCUGCCCACAGCCAACCAUUCUGUGCUAAACCUCCAAUCGCUCUAUAAUCCUGUAUUGUUUUUUGAUGUAUUAGUUACAUGUGGCUGCAGUUACUACACAGAAGGAGCCCUGUCUGCCCCACUCGUCGUCGUGAUCACCACGUGCUCCCUUUCACCCUGCCGUCUGAACUCGGCUUACCACCGUGCCACUGCAAGUGGUCGGGGAGAUGUUUUGGGGUGGCAAGGUGGGGGGUGGGUGCGAUGAGAUUCUGUGCCCCAGCCUGCCUUGGUAAAUUCUUUGCAACAAGGAUGUGGCUCAUUACCCUGUAACAGCCGUGUCCAUGCAUUCACCGACGGGUUCAGAAAGGCCUGACACACUAUCCAGUGGUCUGAACCUGGAAACGAGACAGAUUUCUUCCUUAAAAUGAUGAGGUCGUUAAUGCUCAACAUGGCUGCGCUCAACCUAUGGUGAAUGAGAACAUUGAAGGAAGAUGAGUUGUUGAGUUUGCAGUGGUUUGACCAAUAUUCUUGCCAGUUGGUCCCUUCAUACUCCUAAACCUCUUGACCCUCAGCAGAUGUACUCCUCCUCUACUGGGGGUUUAUAUGACUCACGAUCAAACAAAAUGUAUCGUUUGGCUUUGCCCCACCCCCUUUGCCAAAAGUGGAAACUCCCAAAAUAUUAGCCGGCUGCUUUUUAAAGUUUUCAAAUAAUUUUGGUGUUGAAGUCAGGGUAACCUCAUUUAGCCUCCCCUGCGUCUUGAAUGUCAAAAGGCAAACUUCCCGCUUAAAGUCAGACACACCCCACCUGCUGUACCAGGGUCUGCAGGCCCAGCCACUUCCCAAUCCUGGGCUCAGUCUCGGGCUUUGCUGCAAGGAAGGGUGGGUACCCUAACUCCGGUGUCAGCAUCGGCCUGCCAAUCUCCACGGAAUCAGCCCUGAAUUCGGGCCUGGGUUGGAAGAUUAAGCACCGUUCCUGCUGGAGGACGGAAAGAGGAAGUAAAAGCAUUCUGGUGUACGUUUGCUUGGUCUGGGACAGUUUCACUCCCUAAACAGAAUGAAUUUGCUGGACCCCUCACGGAACAAGAUGGGCAAACAAUACUGAUUCCUUGCUGCAGUGCCAACCCCACAGCAGGAGCUGCUGUGAACACAGGCCCAGUGAUGCUGACAGCAUAGACAUUGAAGGGACUGCCACUAUUACUUUAAAUGUUUCCUGACAGGCCAGUCAUACAGUGCUCUUACCUCAGUUAUGUUAGAACAGUGUAUAAACACUGCUGUAGAUUUGUACCUGUCCUAUUCCCCUCUGUCUAUACCUCUCAGAGAUACUUCCACCUGGUGACUCACUGCUUCCUUCCGAUUCCCAGCCAACUCCUUGUCAAGAAGACAUUCUUCACACAAGUCAGUGUGACUUCUGUGUGUCACCUGGUGCAGAAUCGGAACAUCUUGUGAUUGAUAUUCAGACUUGGCUUUCUCUCUGGAAGGGGUGACUGGGCAAUGAUCAGGUGUGCCCAGCCUUCAUGGAACCUCCCUCACCCUCUAUCCCCCUCAUUCAGGAUCAGAGAGCUUGUCUGGUGUGCAAUUGCUGCCAUCUUCAUCGCAACUGGAACGAACACACAACUGCAACCAGCAGACAACUGCAACCAGCAGACAACUGCAACCAGCAGACAACUGCAACCAGCAGACAACUGGAACCAGCACACAACUGGAACCAGCAGACAACUGUAACCAGCACACAACUGGAACCAACUGUUUUGAAUAGGCCAGUUAGGUCAGUGCUGUGUCCUCUCUAACUGUUCACAGCCCAACUUGGAUUGACUUUGUUUGCAUGAAGCUGAAUGAUCUCUGGUUGCUGCUGCCCUCUCCACUUUUCACCGUCUGCCUCUUCUCCCCACUCCCCAGGUAACGGAGUCAGUGAAGUGUUUCCGAGGGUUAGUGCAAAGCUAGUCUCAACCGAAAGGAGAUUGUCAGCGCUGGGAGGUUUAUGGACAGUGCAAGCGAUUGGCUGUGAGACAACAGUGUGCUGCAGAUAAGGAAACAUUUUGACUAUUCCAUUUCAGAACCGGCACAAGAGUCUGGUUUGUAAAAUUUGUUGGAAAACUUGCCCGCAGCCUGUCUGCCCAGCACCAGACAAGCCCCGUCUGAAGAACAGCCUGUGUGAGGCCCCGUUGUUACUUUUCUAGGAGUCAGGAUAUUAGCAGACAGCUUGCAGCAGCUUUGCUCCCUAUCCCAUCCUUGCUACGCCCAGGAAUAACCCCUCAUCCCUUCCGUUGAUCCCUGGAGCAGAAACGUGGCUGGGGGAACCAACAGGAAUGGCCCUGGGAUGUGGGAAACAAACGUGUUCGGAGUAGGGGGAAGGGAGGUGAAGUUGCGGGGUGGAGUUGGAAAGGGUGGUUAAGGUUCCAUUUCCUAAAUAUCCCAGGGCUUUUUUUUUAAGGGAGAGGGAGCGGGGUGGGGGGGGGGGAGUCAGAGUGCUGGCCCCAAUGUCCAGACCUGGAUAUGAGGCUGCUACCUGCUCUUUCCUCAAUCCUCCUCCGUAGAGAUUUACUGGUGGUGACAGGGUUGCAAAGUGUUUCUGAGUACACCUUUUGGUCCACUUGAAUAAUGCUUGCGUCUCGCUAUUAGAACCUUAACAGUGGGAUUAAAGGGAAUUUUUCUUUUUCGCAAAGACUUGACCAUUAAAAAAGCGAGUGCAGGACUAGUCAAAGUUAGACACUAGUAAUGAGUUGUAAAAGCUAACACCCUCUAAAGAAAUAUAUUUUCUUAAUAUACGGAAUGUGAAAAUGCUCAGAUAAGGAAUAUUAAAAGCUCAUAGGAUUUACCUUGUCUCUCUGGUUUGUCUGCCCUGAGGAUGCUACUGGAAGUUUUAGUGUGGGACUUGGCUAACUUAAAAUGCAUUUCACUUUCCGAAUAACUUUGGUUUUUAUCGAUGGGCGAAGCACAAAUGAAACUUUUUUAACAGGUAAAAUGUGUUUGAGUUGCCUGUUAAUGAGUGAAUACAAGGUGUCCGCACCCAAGCAAUGAUAUACAAGGUGAGAAGCCUUGACGUUUAAAAGCAAUAAGAGUGAUGCAUUGAUCAGAAACACCUUCUGUUUGAGUAUUGGUUUCCCUUUGUGCCACAGAUUGAUGUGUUAGUGUUAAUGUUCCUCGAUGUGUUUUAACCAUAUGGGUCACUGCUGCCUGUACCUGUGAACAUAUUGCAGUCCAGCUUUCCAGAGUGUUGUAUUCUUCUGUCUGUCUUGAUAGAAAUGCCAUUAAACUUUGUGUGCCUUAAA